CAGCACAUGGACUGAGACAGCAUCCCUCUGUGUUCUGGCAUCCUGGCAUGCGCAGCUUCCGCUCUCAUCCAAUAGCAGGCUGGAGGCGCGCUGGGCUGCGGGGCGACGCGGUGCUUCUGAUGCAGGUCUGUGGGUUUGACGAAGGAUUUAACGCAUUCUUCCGGCUUGGUUUUUAACUGUCAGAUCAAGAUGGUGACCCCAGCCAUGCUUCUGUGUGUGCUCUCUUACUUCUUCUUAUUGGCCGCUGCAAUUAAACCCAGGAUAUUUGAACCCAGAAUUUUUGACAAGGAGGCCACAGGCUUUGGGCCCAUAUUUGAGGAGGAGCCCUUGGACACAGUGUAUGCGGAGGAUUCACCAGAGAACAAAAUCUCCAUGAACUGCAGGGCACGGGCCAAUCCUCCAGCCAUUAUCAAAUGGUGGUUAAACAACUGGGAAAUUAAACUGAUGGAACAGCCUGAUGUGCACUUUAGCCUGGUGGGAGGAAACCUGGUCAUCACCAACCCAGACAAGGGCAAGCAUGCUGGGAAAUAUGUGUGCGUGGCUAAGAACGUGUAUGGCACUGUCAUCAGCAAAGAGGCUACCGUCAAAUUUGGAUACCUCAACCAGUUCCCUACAGAUGAGAGAGAGCCGGUGCAUGUUAAGGAAGGACAGGGAGCGGUUCUGCUGUGUUCUCCUCCCUCUCGCUAUCCAAGUGAGGUGUUGUUCCGCUGGAUCUACAACGACUUCCCCAACUUCAUCAUCCCAGACCAGAGGCGUUUCGUGUCUCAGACCACUGGGAAUAUGUACAUCGCUAAAGUCGAGGCAUCUGAUGUUGGGAAUUAUUCUUGCUUUGUGUCAAGCCCCACCAUCGGCAAGAGUGUUUUCAGCAUGCCGAUUCCUCUGAUUCCACAAAUAGAGAAGGAGGUGAAGCGCUAUCCUGCUGAUAUCCGUGUGAAAUUCCCCAAGACUUAUGCUUUGGUGCAUCAGAACAUCACUCUGGAGUGCUUUGCCCUUGGAAAUCCGCUGCCACACAUCCGCUGGAGGAAGUUAGACGCUGAUCUCCCGCCCAACUAUGAGGUCAGCAUGAAUGGAGCUUUACUGCACCUGAUUAACGUUCAGUACGAGGAUGAAGGGAGCUACGAGUGUGAGACGCUCAACGUUAAAGGGAUGGACUGGUAUCGACAGUGGCUCUAUGUGGAAGGUGCUCCAGAGUGGGCAGAGCACAUCAAUGACACGGAGAAAGAUGUUGGAAGUGAACUCACUCUCAGAUGUGUUGCUGUGGGGAAACCUUUACCAUGGAUUCGCUGGCUGAAGGACGGCUAUUCGUACGGCAAAGGGGAGCUGAAGUUCUCCAGUCUCACGUUUGAGGAUUCGGGGAUGUAUCAGUGUAUUGCUGAGAAUGAAUGGGGCACCAUCUAUGCCAGCGCCGAGCUUCGCGUCGUCUCCUGUGCGCCAACAUUCAUUUAUAAUCCAGUGAAGAAGGUUCUGCUCGGGGCUGAAAACGGACGUGUGGUUAUAGAGUGCAAACCCCGUGCUGCUCCUAAACCCAAGUUCAUCUGGAAACGAGGCUCAGAGCUGCUGACCAACUCUUCAAGGAUGUUAAUUUGGGAUGAUGGAAGUCUGGAGAUUCUGAACUUGUCAAAAAGUGACGAGGGCUCGUACACAUGCUAUGCAGAGAAUGACCGCGGCAAAUCCAACAGCACAGGGACCCUCACUAUCACCGAGGCCACCAAAAUCACCGUGGCUCCAUCAGACACUGGGGCGGUUGUAGGAGACACCACGAUUCUCCAGUGCUCUGCAUCGUUCGACCCCAGCCUGGACAUCACCUUCAUCUGGACUGUUGAUUCCUACGUCAUCCACUUCUACACAGACUUCGAACACUACGAGCUGCUCAUGGGUCUCGAGAACAGCGGAGACCUGCUGAUCAAGAACAUUCAGGUGAGGCACGCAGGACGCUAUUCCUGCACAGCUCAGACUAUAGUGGACAACGCCACCGCAGAAGCUGAUGUUUCUGUCAAAGGUUUGCCUGGUCCUCCAGGAGGCGUCCGUGUGAGAGAGAUUGGAGACAUGUCAGUAAAACUACAAUGGAGUCUGGGAACAGACCACGGUAGUUCUCUUAUCCAACAUGUUGUACAAACACGAGACUUUUAUGCCCUGGAUCCUGAGGACUGGAAAACCGCAUCCACCUCUCCUGUGUUUUUGGACGGAUCUACGGAGUCGUCCACCGUCGUUGACCUUUACCCCUGGAUGCAUUAUUAUUUUAUUUUAUUCCUGGAACCUUAUAUUAAUCAUCUUUUGACACGUGUAAUAUCUCUCUCAGCGCCGACUGAAGCUCCGUUAGAUGUCUACGCCCGCCAGGUCACCUCUACAGAAGCUUUGGUCUGGUGGUUACCGGUCUACCAGGCGCCGCCAAACUGGGUCGACGGAUACCAGAUUCGUUACUGGAGGAAGUACGAUGAUAAUGAGGCUGCUGCCUCUCGAGUUAUUGUGCACAGAACAAUGAACCAAACACGCCUGGAGAACAUGCGACCUGACUCCCACUACCUCAUAGAGGUACGAGCGUUCAACGGAGCUGGGCUCGGGCCACCCAGCGAGCAUUGUGAAAUGUUCACCAGGAGACCACCCCCAAGUCGCCUAUUGAGGGUCUACAAAUAUGUCAGCUUCAAUCGCAAAUGGCUCUAUCUGUAUUGGGAUCACAUCUAUAACUACUGGAAUGAGUCCUAUGUGGAGGGAUACAAGAUUUUGUUCCGGAAGGAAGGAGAGCGUUAUGGGAAGCUUUACACCACAGGCAGGCACUACAUCGACUUUCCCAUGCCAGAGACGGGCGAUUACGUCAUAGAGGUGCGAGCCCGCUGUGAGGGAGGUGAUGGACCCAUAUCACAGAUCAGAGUACAAGGUAAAGCCUCUCUUGGCCCGGAGUCUCUCAGCGUUGCCGCUGUCUUGGUGCUGGCACUGGGCUGGAUGAAUUUAGGCCUGUAGGCAAAAACAAGGCUGUCAACACUUUGGCGAAAUCCACUUUUAAGAAACAAUCUUAAUAUAGUUUGAGUGCAUUUCCUUAAAGGGGUGGUUUUAAUGGUGCACAUGAAGUUUGUUUGGGAGUGUAGAAUAUAAAAACUUUGUUUGUAUUUACCCUCUUGGUUUGCCUUACAAAAUACUCACAAUCAACUAAUGAAAUGGUAUUGUAAAAUAAAUAUAUGGUAGCAGGAUAAGGUGAAUUUUUUGAUGACUUUCCAGUCAGUUAUUCAGAAAUAAGACAUAUUUAUUUAGUUAUUUAAUACAGAACAUGUUUUGCUAGUCAUUUUUUCCAUGUCAACACCUGCACUACAUUAUCACAUAUAGACAUGUUUGAACGUCAGAGUUUGUUUAUACACUUGGUUGUCCACACAUAUUUCAUUUCCAUUUGACAAUGUUUACACAUCUAUUUUUGUGACUGUGUUUGAUUUUAAAAUGUCUUUGUCUUUCCUUCUAUCUUAGUAUUCUUAGUAUUUUGCUACAAGUUUGCAUUGCUAUUUUCAUUUGUAUAUUAGUAAACAUCGAAAACAUCACCAAACAAAGUGCUUCUCAGUUUGUCUUCCUAUACCAA